AUGUCCAGAGUUAUUGUGAAAGGUCUGCCUAUAUAUCUGACUGAGCCAGAGCUACAGAAACAUUUCAAUAAGAGGUUGAUUACCACGCAUGCGACGAGUAAUGUCGAUGGUCUGAUCACUGAUUUACGUAUUUUGAAGAACAGGGAAGGUAAGAGUAGAAGAUUUGCGUUUAUUGGUUACAAGAAUGAGCAAGAUGCCCUUGAUGCGGUGAACUACUUUGACGGUUCUUUUAUCUACACUUCGAAGAUUGAGGUUGAUAUGGCCAAGAGUUUUGCUGAUCCAAGGGUUCCGAAGUCAAUGAAGGAGAAGAAGAGAGAAGCCUUGAAGAGGCUGCGGGAGAAAGAAGAGAAGCUUCUUGAAGAAAAGAACAAGAAACUAAAGGUGCAGGACACAAAGAGCAAGAUAAAUAUUGAUGCAGAGAUCGAAAAGGAUAAGCAACUGAAAGAAUUCAUAGAAACCAUGAAGCCAAGUGCACAAACUAGCUCCUGGGAUAAGAUUACAGAGACAGCUGAACCAGAAAGUGGUCUGGCUGAAGAACAAGAACUGGAUGAUGAAGAAUCUUCUAACGUUAAUCCACUACUGAAGCAUGCAUUAUCUAUGAAGAAGGGAGAUGAGAAUGACAGCGAUGAUGAAUAUAUGAGUUUUAACAACGCUGACUCUAAGGCCGGUUCAGACGAGAGUAACGAAGAAGAGAAAAUGAUUAGUUUAUCUGAAUUACCAGUGCAAAAUGAAGAAUCCUCUGCUGAACCAAAGGAGGAUGAUGGUCUUGCCAAAAAUGAAGAAAUAUCAGAUAUGGAUUGGAUAAAACAGCGCAGAGUGCGUAUAAGAGAAAAUGGUGAAAAGGUAGGAGAAGAGUUUGCAACAAAUGUUCAAGAUAAAGAAUCUGAAGAAAACUCUCAAGCCACACCAGCAGAGGAACUUCAAGAAGAAAUUCCAGAUGAAGAACAGGCUAUCGCCAAAAUCCAGAAAACAGGCCGUCUUUUCCUGCGUAACAUUCUAUACUCUUCUACAGAAGACGACUUCAAAAAAUUGUUUAGUCCAUAUGGUGAGCUCAAAGAAGUGCAUGUAGCAGUAGAUACUAGAACUGGUAAUUCAAAGGGGUUUGCGUAUGUUUUAUUUGCAAAGCCUGAAGAAGCUGUCCAAGCUUAUAUCGAGUUGGAUAAACAAAUUUUCCAAGGUAGACUUCUACAUAUAUUAGCCGCAGACGAGAUGAAAGAUCAUCGUCUUGAUGAGUUCGAUCUGAAAAACAUGCCUUUGAAGAAGCAACGUGAACUGAAAAAAAAGGCAGCUGCUUCCAAAGCCACAUUUUCAUGGAACUCCUUGUAUAUGAACCAAGAUGCAGUAUUAGGUAGUGUUGCAGCUAAGCUUGGUGUUCAAAAAGCUGACUUGAUUGACCCAGAAAACUCAAAUUCUGCUGUAAAACAAGCUUUAGCUGAAGCCCAUGUUAUUGGUGAUGUUAGGAAAUACUUUGAAACAAAAGGUGUUGAUCUAACUAAGUUUUCAAAUCUGAAAUCACCUUCUCAACGUGAUGAUCGUGUUAUUCUGGUCAAGAAUUUCCCGUUCGGUACCACUAGAGAAGAACUGGGAGAAUUAUUUGUUCCCUUUGGUAAACUAGAAAGAUUGCUAAUGCCACCAGCUGGGACUAUUGCCAUCGUUCAGUUUAGAGAUAUAGCCUCUGGUCGCUCUGCAUUUUCGAAACUUGCUUUCAAAAGGUUUAAAGGUACAGUAAUAUAUUUAGAAAAAGGUCCUAAGGACUGCUUUACUAAGGCAGCUUCCAACGAGGAUGCAAUGGAACAUGACGAAGAAAAAAGUGCAAAGGAGGCCGGUCCAUCAUCUGCUGAUUUGUUAGAGUCGGUAUCCUCCAAAAAGACCGAAGAUAAGGAAGAUGAAGAUGAACAGGUUGUUGAUGGCCCUACAGUUUCUAUAUUUAUCAAGAAUUUGAACUUUAAAACUACUUCUCAACAGCUUACUGAUCGCUUCAAGGUCUUCAGCGGUUUUGUUGUUGCUCAGGUUAAGACAAAACCAGAUCCUAAACAGAAGAACAAGGUUUUGUCAAUGGGUUUUGGGUUUGUUGAAUUUAGAACCAAGGAACAAGCUACAGCUGUGAUCUCUGCUAUGGAUGGCACAGUUAUUGAUGGUCACAAAAUUCAAUUAAAAUUAUCUCAUAGACAAGGUAAUGCAGGGUCGCAAGAGAAAAAGAAAGCAAAGAAUGGUAAGAUUAUUGUAAAGAACUUGCCAUUUGAGGCAACUAGAAAGGAUGUCUUUGAACUGUUUAAUUCAUUUGGUCAACUAAAGUCUGUUAGAGUUCCAAAGAAGUUCGACAAGUCGGCAAGAGGUUUUGCGUUUGUGGAGUUUGUUUUACCAAAGGAAGCGGAAAAUGCCAUGGAUCAACUGCAAGGUGUCCAUUUAUUGGGUCGUAGACUAGUGAUGCAACCAGCCGAACAAGAAGCGGCUAAUGCUGAAGAAGAGCUGGAGAGAAUGACUAAAAAGGUUAGAAAACAGGCAGCUGUUAGUGAGAUUGCUGCUAUGACUAGAAAUGCUGGUAAAAGAAAGCUAGACAUGGAAGAUGAGGAAGAAGAAUUCUGA